UGUCACAAUCACAUUCAGUUUGUAAAUAUUAUAAGUUUAAAUAUCUAAACCGUGUUAAUAAACAGUUUAUUACCAAAGUUUGUUUUUGUAUACAAUGAAUAUCCUUAAAAUAUGUUUUAAAGUUCGGAAAUAAACUAGUAAAUAUAGGCUCAAUGUAAAAAAAUAUGGAACCCACAGAGAAAGAAGUUGAACAUCAUAAACAAUUAGAGCUUUGUAAAACGAGACCGGCAUAUCGACAAGGAAGAAAACUUACUGCAGUCAAAGUUUAUACAGUAAACAAUGAAUCUCAACAUUUGUUCAUUUAUGGUGUCCCAAAAAUCAAUUUAAGACCAGAGUUAAAAAAUCUGUGUUCUAAAUAUGGAAAAGUGAUAAAAAUCUAUGUUACACAAGGAUAUAAAAUUGAAGCAUUUACUGAAUGUUACCAUGUGCAAUUUGAUAGAAUACAAUCAGCUAGAAUUGCAAAACGACUGAUAGAUAAUAGAUCAUUUUAUGGAGGAAUUUUGCAUGUGUGUUAUGCACCUGAGUUCGAGUCUGUUGAGGAAACCAGGCUUAAAUUGUUGCAAAGGAAUAAGGAUGUAUUAAACAGGUUACCAAAUCAAAAUGAAUCUUUUGUGAAACCUAUCAAUAAAGAGAAAAAAUUUGAUAAUAGAAGAGUACAUAUUGAAAAACAACAAGCAAAUGAAGGAAUAAAGUUACAAGACAUUUAUUCUGAAGAUGAUCCAAUUUUAAGAAAACCUACAAAUAAUCCAGAUGCACAAAUGAUAGGACCAAAAAUGCCUGAACAAAAUAUUUUUCCUGCAAGUUCAAGUAAAAGGUCAUAUGAAGAUUCAAUAGAAAAUUCUGAAUGUAAAAAACCUAAAAUUAUCCCAAGUCAAGUUAAACUACCAGAAAAAAGAAUUGUAUUUAAAAAGGACAUUAUAAAGAAAUAA